UAAGAAGAUCAAUAUGGCGGACAAACGAGAGUCGGGUAUGAAAAGAAAGAAAUUCUUUACUGUAGAUAUAUAAUUAUUGUAAUUUAAAAAAAUCACUCUAACUGUAAGAAAAAAGCCGACUCGAUCAAUUCAUACAAUUGACGUCAUUGGAUGUUUUUUGUUAAGUUUCUGUUUUGGAUUCACUCUCAAUCAGUUCUCAGGUAGACUUGUUUAUUUUACUGGUCCAAUCUAGCUCUGGCUCUAGUCAGUCUAGUCUAAGCCCUGACUCACACACAAUGAGUGCAAUCAUUGACUAUGAUUGACUGUUACUCAGUUCAGAAACUUCAGUGUAUUCAGUCACAGUGAGUUAAAUCUUCAUAAUCUGAAGGUUCAUCUAAAAGGAAAAUCUAAAAUAAUCUAAGAAUGGUGUGUUAAAGUUAAAUUAAUGGCAGUGUCUACACGUCCGGCGCGCCGGACGUCUAUGUCCCGCACUAUGUGUCCGGCGACCAAGUCACAUGACCGCCGUAACAAAGUGGCGAGAGAUAUCUUGUCGGUCAGCCUUGUCACGUGACUGCGAAUAAUUCAAAACUAUUGUUAAUUUUAAAAUCUAUUUCUCUACCAAGUAAUGUACUGAGUAUCUUGAAUGCAAAUAAUAGAAAAAGAAACCUUAAGUGAAAGUGGCUUGUAAACAUUUUUGUUUAGUUUGUUAUUUGAGUUUGUGUACCAGUAAUCCAUAAAAUAAAUUAGGGGCCAGUGUGGAGUAGGCGUAGGCAACCAAUAAAAGUUAAAGUAAAAGAUUUCAUUUUAAAUUAUUUAAAUUGCUACAAAAUAUGUAAAAACUUCUCAUGAAACUACUGUUGCUGAGGAACAUGUUAAUAUAAAUAUAUACAAAAUAUUUUUAAUUAAAAUGGGUAGAAAAAAAACGACCCAAACCCCGGUAUAGAUCCUCAAACCUUCCUAUCGUCAAGCAACCACUCUACCACAAGACCACACAAGACGUACUAAACUGUACUUCGUUUGGAAUUAUAAAAACUACUAGUCAUCCGGCGGUCACGUGACAAGCCGCCGGACGUAUAUCUUGCGCACUACAUGUCCGGCGCUCCGGAUGUGUAGACACUUCGUAAAUUAAUUAAAUACAAAUGUAGGGUAAAAUUUUCAAAAUGAAGGUAUAGCUUUAAGAGCUAGUUGGUUAGAUAGGGCCUGAAAAAUGCAAUUCAUUGAUACCAAAUUUAUGUUUGUAGGUCAAUUCUAAAGAAAGUUAUGAUUUUUUUCGUGAAUUAUUUUGGGAUAACUCUGUUAAUUGGACAUAUAGGAAAAGUGACUAAAAUAAAGUAAGAGCAGUAAAUUGAAGUUAUUUAAUGACUUAAUGAAGAUAACCAUAACAAACCAUAUAUACCCGUGAUUGUCAUAACAUUAUCGAAACAGACGUCAUACAAUAAAUUCUAUGGUACGCAAGAUGAGCUCAUUAAUAUUCAAAAUGGCCGUAAAAUUUCCAUAUGUCAUAUUUGAAUAUGAACACAACAUGAACAAUAUUCUUCAAAAUAUAGGGUCAUGUAUAUCAAAUUGUUCGUAAUUGAAAAGGGGGAAAAUAAUAAGUAGCGUAUGGAAGGGUGAACCAAUGUGUCCAUUACAAAAUUUAAUUUAUUCUAUAUCGCCGAUAGCAAAUCAAUUUUCGGAUAUUAAAAUGUACAAUAUGUAGAUUAUAGCAGGAGCUUUUCUUGCAUAGGGGGUAUCUUUCAAUUCUAUAUUCUUUUUGCUAAGUGUAGCAUUUGUUUUUCAUAGAAUCCCUACAAUUAAAAAAGAAUUGUGCUGCUUCAACUAAGGCCUACAAAUUGCAAAUAUGAUUAACAUUAUGAUGUCAUUUGAUAGGCCUUUAAAAAGAUAAAACAAAGUAUUUUUGUGUGUGUGAAGCAUUUCAAAGUAUCAAUUCAUCUAAAUACUAAAGAAAUUUUAAUUUUAAAUCUAUUAUGAAGAUAAAAUAUACUUUUCUUAAUAUUUCCAUGCUACAAAUGUGUCAGGUAGCUAAGGCCAAACUCACUAAUAGACCUAUUAUGGGGAAGUUUCACUAUUUAAAUAAAGAAUUAUAAUUAAAUAUCUAUUCAUAUGUAUUCUUUAUUAAUAAUAUUAAUCUCAAAUAACUUAAAAUAGUGCUUUUAACAUUGUUUAUUAAUCAGAUUGCUUAAGAUUUAAAAAUGAUUUGCUGAGGUGGAUUCGGCCAUCUUGAAAAUGAUAUCCAAGGAAGAAACACCCAUGUGGUGACUGUUUAGAAAAUUUAAUAAAAUCGUUGGGGUAGGUUGGGGGGACUUUUAAUUUGCCCAUUCUUGUAGAUAAUUGGAUGCUCUAAACAGUGGUUAUCAUGAAAAUCGUGUCUGGUGGAGUCUCUACGAGAAAUUAAGUAGUAGACUAGCUUAAUUCAACUUGAUAUAUAUUUUUUUUUUCAAUCGUGAUUAAAAAUCUGAAGACACAGUAUUAUUCGGCUUCCAAUUCUCUUUAAAAUGAUUUAUCACACUACCUAUUUACUAUUUAAUAAAGAAACAACCACAAAACACAUUUUUUCCCAAUGCAUAUGCAAUGUUUACAUUUUGAAGUGGAAAAAAAGUUGAACAGGGGGCACGUUACUCUGUAAUUAUUUGACACUAGCAGAAAACUGGUUUACCCAAGUACCUAACAAAUGACAGGGUCACAGUGACAAACACAGACUCACAGCUUAUUUUAAUCAGGAUGACAGUGACUGUAAUUAAGCACUUCAUUAUCGCCCGGAAACACCAGAAAAUCGGGUAUGGUAGUUUCGUUGUCAAAAUGUCGACCUCCACUUUUUAAUUUACUGAGGGUGUGAUUGUUUCGCCUUUUAUUAGUAGAUUUUUAGCAUAAUAAUAAAUUCUACAUCCACCAAUUACUUAAAGCCGAGAUAUGCUUGUCCUUUUGAGAAUUCAUUUGAUAAUUUUUUAAAGCUUUGAAGUUGAUUAUAGGUAAACUUUUUUUUUUAAAACUGUGCCAUUAAAAAAAAAUGGUUGCUUUAAUUUAUAACAAUAACAUCAUUUAUAACAUAUCCAAAAUUCAUGAGUGUAGACCGAAGGCUGUGGUAAAAAAUGAAAAUCAAAGAGGUCACCUUUUUAAGGCUCUGUAAUUUGUCAUCAUGGCGAUCAUUCUUGACUGCAUAAAUAAAGCUUUUGCGAAAUUAACAAUACCUAAAUGUAAACCUCAUUACUUUAUUUAAUACAACUCAACUCUUACAUCUAACUAUAUUCCCUAUAAAUAUUAUAUUUUUAUCUCAUUUUAUAAUAAAGUUAUAGGCGUAAAAGCAAAAUAUUGGGUCACAAAGUGUGGAAGAAAACUCCAUAGUAAAAAAGUGGUUUUGAAGUCCUUACUAAAAAAUUCAUAACUUUUGAACCACAUGAGCUAGAAAGUUGAUCUUGGUGAUUUUGUAAUCCAAUCUCUUGGCUCUAUACAGCUCUAAUAUUUUUAUAUUUGAAAACAUGUUUUGAACUGUUUACCAAAGUGCCUAGUGUAAUAUUUGUUAAAAGUUUAAAAGAGGUCAAAGAAAAUUAUUUCAAUAUUUAAGAUAAGAUAAGAUACUUUAAUUGAUCCAAAUAAAUGGAAAUGUUUUUUGAUUUCAUUAUACAUUUUCAGCACAAAAAUAAAACAAUUUGAACACAAGACAUUUAUAAUAAAUUAUUUCAAACAGCCAUUCAGUGAGUUCUCUUAGCAAAAUCGGGGAUUUAUUAGUUCUCAAUUCAGAUGUGUGACUUCAGAAGAAGCACGCCGGUAAAUUCGUACAGAUUGAGGAACAAAAUAAUUUUUAUAUCAGUCAGUUCUCGCCCUGAUGAAAAGAAUUCGUCCCGAACGGCCGGAUCCUAACUAUCUGUGAUGAAGAGGGUGGGAUGUAUCAUCCAAAAUGUGUUUAGUUUUGCAAAAACAUCUUUCUUCAAAUAGUUCUUCAAGUGAAGGAUGUUUAUUUUGUGUUAUGUUUCUAGCUUUCUUGAUUAGUCGGUUUAUGCGGUGUUUAAUAUCAGACAUUGAAUUUCCACACCAGCAGGUAAUACUGAAAUUAAGCAGGCUUCCAAUAGUUGCACUGUAGAAUAAGUUAAUGACUUUUUUGUUUACGCCAAAAUAGGCGGUAGAACAGUCUUUGGUUGAAUUUUUUAUACAGGAUUUGGCCGUGCUCAUGCCAUGUUAGCUUAUUAUUAAUGGUGACACCUAAGUACUUGUAUGCCUCCACUUUCUCCACAUUAUGAUUUUUUAUGUUGAGAUCUGUAAUCAGGUGUUUCCCCCUCCUGAAAUCAACAACCAUUUCUUUUGUUUUUGAGACAUUCAACUGGAGAAAAUUUGACUCUAGACUUAAACUAUACUCAAAGUGUGAUUAUAGGGCCAUCCAUAACGUAUGUCACGCUCAGGAGGGGGGUCAAAGUACUCUAAGAGUGACAGGGCGGGGGGUGUUAGAUCAUAUAUAUGACAUCACACAUUUAUAUUUAUAACAUAUAUAUAUAAUAUUUAUAACAUAUAUAUAUAUAUAUCUUUGUUAUCAUACAUAUAACAGCUGAAAUUGACAUAAGUGAUGUUUAAAUACGUACCACAAUAAUCAUACACACAUCCAUCUGCACAUGUCUAAUAAUGGCGCAAAAACUUUUAUGGCAAUUGCAAUGUAGCAUUUGGCUCGGUCAUGAUCUAAUUUUUUUUGCAUUUUUACGUCUCAGUUUUCUAAUAAUAAAUUAUUUUGUAAUCAGUAAUGUAGAGUGCAUAUUUUUCCAAACAUGGUGAUGUUAUUUUUGCUGCAUGGUGUAUUUUGUGGCUGGCAACGCAUUUACUCUGAUGUAUCAGCAUAGGUAUGUACUUAAUAGCGUUAAAUUUUUUAAAGUAUAAUCAUGAGACAUAGGGCAUUACUACGCUACUGCUUCAUUCAUUCACAAACAGGAAUAAAAAUUAUUUACUUAAUUAUAGCAAUUUCCCAAUUUAUAAGAAAAUUGUCACCAGUAGACACCUUGUCGUCCUUGUGCAAAAAAAGAUAAUGGGUUAUCAGUCAUGGCUCCUCUCAUCAAUUUAAUAUAAAGAUGUAAAAAGAUUUUCGUUAUUGUUCAUCUUUAAACAUCUUUGCAACACUAAUCAGUUAAAGAAUGGGAAACAUUUUUGCAAUACUAUUAUAAAUUAGCGAACAAACAACAGUAAAAAGAAAUUAAAAAUAAUGCUUAGCUGCAAUGUAGUAUCCGAGAGACAGGAAGAGGAAUGUGUUUUAAACUGUAAACCUAAGAACAGUCCUACACCCUACCUACCAGCUUUUGAAGAUAGCCCUACUGACACUCCUUCACCAUACCAGUGGCUCUUUAUUGAUUAAUAUAAUAGACUCCUCCCCCAAAGAAAAAAAUCAAUAUAUUUACCUGAGUUCAAGCUUCAGGCAUGAUAUGAUGCUCACUGCCUGACAGCCUUUUUUUUCACUCAGUUCUAUUAAUAUAAAGCAUGUUGAUUUGGGGGAAGGGUGAUUUUUGAAGAAAAAAAGAAAUUUUAAUGAUCUCAAAACUUGAAUAAUAUUUUUUUUAAAAUAGAAAUUUUAAAUUCAGGAUUAUGAUUAGUUCUAUUUCUGGCUUCUAUUUCAAGUAAGAGAAUAUUUUAAUUUUCUUUUGCAGAACUCGGAAUUCUUUCAAUUUCCAAUGAGGCAUGUUUGUACGUAGAUGAUGAAGACACAGUUUAUGAAGCAGAGGUUGUAGGAUUGAUCAACAAGACAAAAUGUCUGUAGAGCAGUCUAGAGCAGAAAAUGAUAGUCCGAACAUCCUCAUCUUCUAGUCACAUACUUGUACACUUAUGUGAAUAUUAGUCUUAUUGGGGCUUUUAUUUUUUAUUUUUGUAUAAUUUAUAAUUUCAUGCAUACAAUUUGAUUUUUUAAAAAGAAUUCUACUUAACUUGUAUAAAUAUUAGAAUUGUUUUAAAAUUUUACUAUGUUGCCUCUUUAAGUAAUCAUUUUUUACAAUUUUUAUGAUCAGGAUUUUUUAAACUACCCUCAAAUAAAAUUAUCAAAAAUAAAAAAAAAAAGUCUUAUUUUGUAAAAGUUUUUUUGUUCAUUGUGUUUUAUAUUAAUUGAGAAUGUCUCCUGAACAUUUGGUAGCAUUAUCUUUUAAAAUAAAAUAAUUUUGAGCAAAAUAAGGCCAGAAAUUUAGAAAGUCGGUCACAAGUUUUUUGCAGUUUAAUACAAACAUAAAUAAGGGGGACUAAAAAAUUCAUUUAAAAAAACUUUAUUUCUUUAAAAGCUAGAAAAAGAAAUUGAUGUUUUUAUAAAGCUUACAGCAAACCUUUUACAAUGAUUAUAUAUCGCAAUAGGACAUUAUGUAAAAUUUCUGUCAAAGUGCCUUGUUUAACUUUCUGUUUUGCUGGAUGUAAUCUGAAAGAAAAUGUCACUUGGUUACUUCGUAGUGUCUAAUUUUAAUAGUGAAGCAUAUUUUAGAUUGAAUUUUAAUUAGUUGUGAAUUUUUAAAACAAUUUUUUUUUAUUUUGGAAGUGUGACAUACUUUGGGGAGGGGGUGUAAGAUUUGUGACAGAUUGUCAUGGGAGAGAGGGGGAUAAAAAUGUGUCCAAAAUAUUUUGGCAUUUGUAAUUAACGGAUUUAAAGUUUCUGGUAUUCAAGAACAAGUCCUGAUAAAAAGAUAAUUAUACUAUUCACAAAAUACUUAACAUAAAAAUGGUUUAGUGUUGUUUUCAAAAUGUAUAAUUAAAUCCCAACAGUUCGUAUCAAAGAUGGCCAACAGUUACGUGUUUUGGAUGAAGCAGCAAGAAGACGUCGGCAGCGUAAGGCACUCGAGGCCUUGGAAGAAGACAAUUUUUCAGAAGAUCCUCAUGCUGACCUUAAAAUGAGCAAAAAGGCCCCAAAAUUUGAAGAGGCCAUGGAUGGGUCAGGUAAGAAAAUAAGUUAAAAAUAAAUAUAAAACAUAGUUACCUUAAGGGGAUUUAAUAUGCACAAAAAUAAUAAUUUUCAUUCCCCCACCUUUAUUUGCACCCCUUUCCAUUUUCAAAUAUUAUUUCUUUAGUGACAUGAAUGUAUGGUCAAUGAAAUAUUAUUCAAUUUAUUAUUUUUAACAGGGCCAGGUCCAAAGAAAAAGAGAAAAUCCAAAGGGGAUUUCAAACUGAGGUACAGGAAAACAUUUGCAGCAUUAUUGGAAGAAGAGGUUAGGUUAUAUUUAUUUCUACUGCUUUUACAUAGACUCCAUACCAAAAACUCCAUAGCUAAGGAGAAAAGAAAAAAUGCCUGGGCCUCUCUUAAAUUAGGUACCAGGUUUUUUGCUAAUAUUUUGGCAGAACAAUUAUUUGGAUUAAGGGGAAUUUUUAAAUUGCAGUGAAGGACACAUUAAAUGAAUAAGACAUUAAAUGAAUGACACAUUAAAUGAAUGACACAUUAAUUUGAAGAAAAUAUAGUGUAGAUAGAUAAAUAAAUGAGAUCACGUUCACAAAAACAUUAAUGUUAAACUCUUAAAAAUUAUUAAUGAUGAAUUAUUUUGUAAAAUCAGAACAUUCUCAUAAUAAAAUCUAGGUUUUUGAAUUUUUAUGGACUUAGCUUUUGCACUAAACUUGCAACACUUUUUAGAUUUAGCAUAGGAAAAGACUAAAAUUGGAACUAUGAAAAUUUCCAGAUGUCUCUGAUUGAAUCUGGACAUAACCAGAAGUGACCAUAUUUCUUGGAAAAAUUUCUUCCACCUCUUUAAAGAAAUUUUUUUUUUUUUAAAGUUUACCAAUUGCUGUCUUAAAAUACUGGCUGAACUCUAAAUUUUGAUUUAAAAAAUCAAAUUGUUUGGUGACCUACUUAAAAUUAAUGUAGCCAUACACGCUGACAAGUUCUCUUCAAAUCAGUAUAUAAUAUUUAAUUUUUGACAAAUCAAACUACCAUAUAGCAUAUAAAAUAGUAUUAUGAAAUUGUUAAAAUAAUUAUUACAGAUUUAGUGUAAAACUUCAUCCUAUGGCAUACUUGGUAUUUACUAACGUACAUACAUAUAUAUUCUGAUGAAGGUUUGAACUUACACUCUUAAAACCUCGGCUAGUACCUGGGCAACCAGCUCCAUCUUCUGAGCUGAGCCGUAUAACAUUGUUGUCACAUGGGUUUCUCUCCUGCCGCCCUGGCCUCCCCUGAAACAUCUAUUAACCAGUACUUACUAAAAGCAAAGAAUAGUUAGAUGAACCAAUGACUUGGGUUUUGUAUAUGUUCUUGAGCUAGUCAAUAAUGUGGUAGUCCCAUGACCAAAAAGCUUUGCGCCCCCUAUUUAACCCUUUCGCUAUUGCUGGGUUUUGGGGCAUAGAUUUUUGCUGACUCUGCAAUAAAAAAACUUUUGGUUUUGUGUGUGUGGUUGGGGGGGGGGGGGACUUCUCUAUAGAUUAACGAAUUAGGAAAUAUCUAGCAUUGAAAUAUGAUGUCGAUGUGACAUCCUCGGUAUUUCAGAAAAGUUCUUUGAAUUUUGUUGCGACGACAAUGUGACGUCCUUGGUAAUUGAAAGUGGGUGAUCGUGACGCCGCGUCGAUGUUAUCGGUAGCGAAGAGGUUAAAAUAUAUAUAAAUAUAUACCUGAUUUUUUUUUUUUUCAAUGCCUUACUGCAUAUAUUUUAUUUUAUAAAUUUAAGCUGCUAUAACUGCUUGAGUGAACUUAAUAUUUAAUAAAUUGUUUUACUUAGUUUAUUCAUUUCUUCCACAGCACAUGUUGAAUAAAGAUGGCCCGUCCUACGUCACUGCCUGUGCCCCACCCUCCAAGCUACCAGAAAGACAUUUCUGUGCCGUGUGUGGAUAUCCUUGCUAUUAUUGAUGUUUAAAAAAAACAACUCUCAAAAUAACUAUUUCUGACCGGUGAUGUUUAUGAAUAGACUAUCGCACUUGUUGGGAUUUCCGGCAAAAGCUAAAUGAUAAUUUCUUUUUAUUAGAAAUGUUUUAGUUCAGUCGCGUUGCUGUAUGGGAAAACUGUAAACUAGGGUUAGCCUGACUUAAAGACAAGAGAACUGUUGUUAGUUGAUUUGUUGUUGUAGUGCAAUGAAAGGUUGGAGGUUUAGGGGAAAGUGACAGGAAUAUUUUUGUUUAUGAACAUAAUGUGGCUUAAAUAAAGUUAGAAGUGAUCUUAGUGGAUGUGGCAGUGUGUUUGGAGCUUUAUGUAUGAAGUAGAAGUUGUGGGAUGAUGACCCCCAACUCUUGGUGAAGUUGUGGGAUGAUGACCCCCAACUCUUGGUGGAGUUGUGGGAUGAUGACCCCAACUCUUGGUGGAGUUGUGGGAUGAUGACCCCAACUCUUGGUAGAGUUGUGGUAUGAUGACCCCCAACACUUGGUGGAGUUGUGGUAUGAUGACCCCCCCCAACUCUUGGUGGAGUUGUGGGAUGAUGACCCCAACUCUUGGUGGAGUUGUGGUAUGAUGACCCCCAACUCUUGGUGGAGUUGUGGGAUGUUGACCUCAACACUAGGUGGACUAUUAGGAUGUUGACCUCAACACUAGGUGGACUAUUAGGAUGUUGACCUCAACACUAGGUGGACUAUUAGGAUGUUGACCUCAACACUAGGUGGACUAUUAGGAUGUUGACCUCAACACUAGGUGGACUAUUAGGAUGUUGACCUCAACACUAGGUGGACUAUUAGGAUGUUGACCUCAACACUAGGUGGACUAUUAGGAUGUUGACCUCAACACUAGGUGGACUAUUAGGAUGUUGACCUCAACACUAGGUGGACUAUUAGGAUGUUGACCUCAACACUAGGUGGACUAUUAGGAUGUUGAACCCAACUCUAGAUCAAGUUUUAGGCCAUUUAUCCCUCCAAAUCUGAGUAUUAAAAACUUCUAGACAAAUCUAAGAGUUAAAAUUCAAAAUGUAUUGUAUAUUGCUCUGAAGUUUAUCAGUCUAUUUCAGUCACAGUUUGAAGCUAAGUUUACACUGAGAAUAUUUAAGCUAUAUUUUGCCCUUGGUGCAAACUGAACAAUUGAAGAGUUCCUGUGCUGGUUAAACUUUAGAAAGUGACAUCCCAUGUUUUUAAAUUUAAAAAAAGAUAAUUUACAUGUCAUUUAUUUUCCUUGACCUUGGCAACGUUCCCAUCAAAUUAUACCUGUGUCCAGUGUGGGGCACGCUACUGUUGUGUCAAGUGCCUAGGAACACAUGUGGAUACAAGGUGGGUAGAUGUUCAGUGUUUAGUAAAUAUGGGGAUGAAAGGUGGGUAGAUCAGACCCGUUUACUCUUACGAUUUUGGCGUACAAUGUACGAUUUUGAGCUGUAAACAUUAUAUAUACUGUAUGUUUAUUUUUUACUACAAAUAUAAGGUAUUGAACGAUUUUGUUAAGAUAUUGUACGAUUUUAAGAGUUUGAGGGCAAACAGUUCUGGUAGAUGUUUAAAAAAGUUGAAUGUAUAUUAAAUAUGUUGAUACAAGGGUUGAUGUUUUGACCAAUAAUGUAACAGUUGACUGUAAAUAAUGUAAAUUUUCUCUCUCUUCUAAACCACCAUCCCCCCCCCCUUUUUUUCCUCUCUCUCCUCAGAUGCCUCAAGUACACUGCCUAAACAUAACAAGAUAGUUUGAUGUCAUGAUGUCAAGGAGGAACAGCAAUUUAAGAGAUCAGAUGGGGGGGGGGAACCAAGUGGCAGUUUCCAGAGUUUUGAAAACUGCUCCGUGCUCUGCUUGGACCGAUAAAGCCAAGCGACUGUAAAGAAAUCUGGACUAAGUGGAGGAUCUUGGUCAGUCUCCUACCUGAAUGGUAACCCUCAGAACUAUGCAGACACUUCAAAAGUUGAUGUGAACAAUAAAGUUUUGAUCAUGUCAUGUCAGUGUUCAUCCAAGGAAAACCUGUGAUCUAUGCAUGAAACAAGAUCAGUCUGUGUCCAGCGGGAACAUCUUUCUGGACUACUCGCGUUCGGGCAAAGGUUGAG